AUGGCGCCCCCUGUUCUCCCGGUGCCAGAAGGCAGAUCAGCCUCGCGAUCCCCACGAAUGCAGAAGUCACGCAAUCCAUUACGGAAGGACAAAGUUCGACAAGGCAAAUUGAUUCGCAGUUGGACAGAUGAAGAGGAAUCCUUUUUAUUCCGGAGUCGGACACAGGGCCAGAAAUUACCCUACAAGCACAUCGCAAAUCGCUUGGACAAAACCGAGCUGGCGUGUCGUGUCCACUGGCACCACAUGACAGUUGGCCGGAAAGGCCACCGUGCCGAGGAAUACGACGAUGACAACAUCUCUGACAAUAGUGACGGGUCCGCUCCCCCGACAGUCCCGUCUUCAAGCCAGUUUGUAACGCACGGCAGCUCCAGCAACGCCCAACAAGAGGCGAAUCUCCCGCACCCAACGUCACCAAAGCCCUGUACACUACCGAGCUUCGAGACCUUCAUUCGAGACACCUUCCACCAGCGCAGUACCUCGUCGCCAGGUUCUCUGGUGGGUGAUGAUGUGGACAAUGGCGCAAGAGAGACACAACUGCCAAACAGCAACAGAUCGUUGCGAACACUUUCUGGGUCGUGGCUGAGAGACGCUGGAGCCACGAGCACAUAUCUUGAGCCGCAAGGUUUAUGA